AAAAAUACACGCAUUUUCAAGAACAAAGUUAUUCCGUGCAAAAUGCACUUUUCAAUGAAAUUUUCUAUCAGCCUGCUGCUUUUGCUGUGCUGUGCCAUUUACCAAUCGUACGCCAGUAUUGACGCUGAAGCUGCUCCUGUUAAUGGCUCCGAGGAUGGAUGCAUGUGUGGUCGCAUAUUUUCACCGGUCUGUGGCUCCGAUUCGAUAACUUACAGCAAUAAGUGCCUCUUUGAAUGCGCACGCAAGAAGUUAAGCCUCAAGGGUCGCAGUUUGACGUUGGCGCGUUCGGGCGCCUGUGCUACCCUGGCGGAAAUUAGGAGCCAUGUUGCCGCAGAUGAGUUAGCUGAAGUAGAUGCUGAUGAGUUAGCUGACGUAGCUGCUGAUGAGGUGGACAACGAUUUGGCAACUUGUAUCUGCGAUCGCAGUUUGGCACCAAUUUGUGGAUCUGAUAAUCGCACCUACAACAAUCGCUGUCUAUUCGACUGCAAGCGCUCCAUUUUGGCACGCUUGGGUAGAGUUUUGUCUAUAUUGCGAGAGGGCGCCUGCAAAUAAGUAGGAUAUGUAUGGGUAGUGAACCAGAGGUUGACGACACAUCCUUGCAAAUAUUUUGUGCAUUUGUAAAAAAGAUUGGACAUUUUUGGUAAAUAAA